AUGCAUCGACUAGAGUUUCAGGUUAUCACCCUAUUUCUUGCUAUAUCUUUCGCGCGAACCAAUCCAAUAGUUUGCAGAGAGCCAGCCCAACUACCACCAUUGAUUACCGACGUACUAAAUGAAUCAAUCGCCAUUUUACCUGGACAGGAAGGCAUGAUUUUGAGGGGACUUAAUAGCGUUGAAGAUUCUUUUGUAGAUAUAACCCGCGAAAACAUUUCAAAUCAUCGAAAUACCGAAACACGUAGCUGCUCUGUGAAAUCAACAUGCCCUUGGCACUUUGUCAAAAACGUUGAUCCAAAUAGACGACCAAAGACAAUCAUAGAAGCACAGUGUAGCUUUUCCUGCUGCAAGCGAAGCGCGCGCACCUGUUGUGAUCUGAACAACGCUCCCGGAUGUACACGUUGCCAACCCAUAUACUACUACGUACACGUUCUACGACGAACCGGAUGUGACGUUACAACUCGGAGAUACACGUAUGAAAACAAGCUGGAAAAGAUCACUGCAGGAUGUACGUGCAUUAGAAAUCCAAAUAUAUUUCGUCCGCCGUUCCCAACUAUGCCGAGUUAA